AUGGAAAAAUAUCUGAACGCGGUGUUGAUAGUGACUUUUUUGUGCUUUUCCGUGGCUUACGAAGAUUUGGACAUCAAUAGUAUAUGCAGCAAUGGAGGAUCCCCGGGAGUAUGUAAAAGCAUCGCGCAAUGCCCACUAGGCAUCGAAGCCUUAAGAAAAUACCGCAAGCAUAACUUAAAACGAUGCAUGUUUGAUGGGUUUGACGAAAUUGUGUGCUGUCCAACUACUGAUUAUAGAGGACCAGAUACUCUUGAACCUUUUACCGACAAUGGUUCAGGUGAAAGUACCCCAUCAACUGGUACAAAGGGACAAUUUCCUAAUAAACGAAAAUCCCAGACAGCUUGUGAUAAUAUAGAGACUGAAUUGAAAUCAAAUAUUAGAUUUCUUAUUACUGACGGCGAAGAUGCUGAGCAAAAAGAAUUUCCACACAUGGCAGCUCUCGGUUUCGAUGGUGACGAUAAUACAGUGGACUGGAGAUGUGGAGCUUGUAUAAUUUCCAAUAAUUUCCUUCUGACAGCUGCACAUUGCGUCAUCAGAACGCCGCCUGUGAAAGCUCGAGUCGGGAUAACUUGGAUGAACGAUUCAAACCCUAUAGACAUCAAUGUUAAAAAUAUUACCAUGUAUUCUGGAUACGAUCCUCUGUCGAAACACGGAGAUAUCGCACUAGUAGAGCUUUCCAAACGAAUUACUUUUAAUGAUAAAGCAAAACCUGCCUGCCUCUAUGUUGACCAUGAUGAUCCGUUGGGACUUAUCGUCACGGGUUGGGGAAAAACGUCUAUAAAUAACGAAGACGAUAGGAGCAAUAUUUUACAAAAAGCAAAAUUGGUUGCUGUACCGGUAGAUAAGUGUAAUGCUACUUAUGUUCAACGAUCGUAUGGUACACGAAGCAUCGAAUCAACACAGAUUUGCGCUUGGGGCAAUUCAAGUGAUGCAUGUUGGGGUGAUUCCGGAGGCCCUUUGCAAAUCAGGCAAAAAUCGGGUGUGUUCUCAAUUGUUGGAGUCGUUUCUUACGGAGCUGGGUGUGGAGGAAAAAUUCCUGGUGUCUAUACCAGAGUUUCUAAAUAUAUAGACUGGAUUGAAAGAAUUGCUUUGGCAAUCAUAGUACAAAGUAAAAGACCAACAGAAAAAAGAAGUGGAAAGUGA